CGCUACAGCAGUUAAUUUGGAAAAUAAAAAUGGCGACUUCCACGACACUGAAAAACUGCACGGGGUUAAGAUAAGGCUUCAGCUUCAUCAACCGACUUCGUUGAAGGAAUAAUACAAGUUUGAUACUAUCUUUUGCACGACGUAUCAUUUUACACCUACUUGAUAUAUUAGUGGAUAGUGCCUUGUUGAACAAGGUAUUAUUAAAGGCUAAUACAGUCAGUAAGUGACUCCUCCACGUAGACGUAGGCGUUGUCGCCAAAAAGGAGAAAACACCAGCGUAAACUACUAAACAGGACGAGACGCUAGCGGUGAAGAAUGGGCGUGGAGAGCAGUGCACUCUCCGGCUGUACGCUGGAAGAUCCAUUGCCAGAAUCUGCAUCGGCGCAAGAUUGGAAAAUUCACCCUGCCAAGAGGCCAGAUGGUUCCAGAGUAUCUGUUUUUGUUCACAAAUAUGAUGAGGAGAAAUCAAGGCAGGACAUUUAUCAACAUGCAGCAAAUCAACUCAAGGUCCUGCGACACCCGACGAUCCUCAAGUUCUUCGCAUCCUGCAACAACGUUGACAGCACCUACUUGGUGACGGAGCAGGUCAAACCGUUGGAGCUGGUUAUUGAGAUGUUGAGUCCGGAGGAGAUCUGCGCUGGGAUGUACAAUAUCAUUGAGGCUCUCGGUUUCCUUCAUGAUAGGGGAGGAGUAUCCCAUAACAACGUGUGUAUGUCAUCCAUCUAUGUGAGCUGCACAGAUGGUGGAUGGAGAUUAGGAGGCAUGGAGCAUCUAUGCAAAUUUGAAGAUGCAACAUUACAGUUUUUAAACCAGAGCAGACCACUGAGGAACUCUCAAGCCAUUCCUCCCGAGGAGAAACAAGAAGGAUUGAAGACGUCCAUUGGUCCUAGUAUGGGUCACGCUAGAGAUGCCUUUGGGUUCGGUGCACUGGCCCUGACCCUACUGGAAUACCUUGGUGAUCUAGGAAGUAUAAGUUCAUCUUUUUCUGCAAAUAUUGAAGAGCAGUUUCUGAAUCCAGAUCCAAAGUUUAGACCAAAGCUGAAGACCCUCCUCCCAGAUGAAAUCUUCAAGAAUGACUUUCUCGACAUCAUGAGCUUCCUGCACAAGUUGGUCUUGAAGAGCGAGGUCGAGAAGACGGUCUUCUUUGAAGGCUGCCCUCACCUCUACCGCCUCCCUGCCCAGCUGGUCGCCUCCAGGCUUCUCACCCCGAUCAUGAACAGCUUCGUCAUGGCCGAACCCGUCGCAGUCAACAUGCUCUUUCCUCAUCUACUUACACCACGCAGGGAGUCCAAGAAGAAUCCAGAGUUCCUGCCCGGUCGUAUCAAUCCCAUACUGCCCCUGGAUAUGUUUCAGCGUCACAUGAUCCCCAUCAUUGCUCAGGUCUUCCCGUCGAGGGAGAUGCACAUCCGUAGCCUCCUUCUUAUGUAUUUUCCCGGUUUUGUGGACCUCUUUGACGAAGGAACUCUGAAAAGGACCAUACUACCUCAGCUUCUCUUGGGUUUGAAGGACCAUCACACCAAUCUCGUAGCAGACAGUCUGCGUGCCUUGGCUGAACUCGUCCAUCUCUUGGGGCCAGAGGUCGUUGUCGGGGGAGAACGGGGCAAAUUUUUUGUCGAAGGUCGUCCCAAGUUUCCAACCAAACCAAGCAAUACCAAAGAGAUGCUCAACAUUCCUAAGCUAACGGCGGUGAGUGGCGUUAUCACCCUCCCCGGGAUGGCCCCCAACCCCUCCUCUCCCACCGGAUCCUACCCCACCAAGGGGGGCGGAGCGUUGGUAGGCAAGCUGGAGCUGGAAGAGGAGACAUCCUCCGAGACGGGCGUGGCCGUGGGAGAGGAUGCGAUGGUUUCUGCGUCGAGGAAAGCGGAGAGGGAGAAGAGGAGAGAGGAGAUGAGGAUAAAGAAUGAACAGAGGAGGAGAGAGAGGGAGGAGAAGAGAAAGAUGAUGGAAAGCAAAGCCAAAGCUCCACUGUCUCCAGAUAAGGAACAGCUCAGUAGUCUUUCCCAUCGUCUGUCACCAGAGGGCAGCAUUGACAAUGGUUCGUUUCCUCUUGGAGUGGAUCCCUCGACAGCAUCCCCAACAGACUUUCCAGCGGCAGAUCCUGAUGAAGCACUUGAGAGCGAGGAAUUGACAAGAAAGAGCCCAACGCAAGAUGGGACAGAAACCGAUGAGGAUUGGUCGGACUGGGAGGAUGCAGAUGCACCCGGACAGAAUCAGCCAAUCAGAAGCCCCGUUAGAACAGCUGCCGAGUCAUCACCACCAAAGACCCUCAUCUCAUCGCUCAAAGGGACUGGCAAACCCCUGAAACUCAAAGACAUGGUGCCUCCUAAAAAGGAAACUCCUGUGCCAAAGACUGCCAAUACAGCAAAACCUAAAGACUCUAAAACGACCAAAGCAGCAGCAACACGAAGUGCGCCCCUAUCAACAACGAAAUGGAAAAAAGGAACUUUUGAUCCGAAUCAAGACUUUGGUAUCUAUGAUAUACCUGAAGUUAAGCUCAAGUCGAAGCCAAACCCCGAGGAUGAUCUCUUUGCAGAGAUGGAGCCUAAACUUAGUUUCUCUUCAAAGACUACUUUAGAAGGCUCAGCAAAGACAGCAGAAAAGAAAGACUCACCCAAAGAUGACCAAACUCAUUCUGCUGGAGCAUUGUCCUUUGCUGUGGCCAAUGAUGGUGACGAGGAUGCCGAAGGAUGGGGUGAUGAUGACUGGGGGAUUGAUGUAGAUGACCAAUGACCACCGGUGCCCCAGCUGUCGGGCCAGUAUGUUGAUGACCAAUGCCAUGUAGUGAAGCAUCGAUGUAGAUGACCCAUAGCCACCGGUGCUCCAAGAAUAAAGUAGUCAAGCCAGCAUGUUGAUGACCAACGAUCACCAGAAAUGAAAUAGCCAGGCGUUUAUGUCGAUUAACCAAUGACCAUGAACACUGAAGGACAUUCACCUGACAUUCAAUCAAAAGGUUGAGGGUUCAAAUCCCAGCCUGGUACUGAUGUCCUUGGGUGUGACAUUAAUUCAUGUAUGCCUUUCUCCACCCAGGCUGCUCUACUAUGACCGGGGUACAUGUAAUAAUGUUGGAGCAUUAGGAGUGUCACUGAUUUGAGCUCUAUAAAUGAAUGCAAUAUUGGUAUUAUUCAUUCAGGCCUCGACACAAAGAGGUGACUGGGACACAUGGGUGCUCAAAAUCCAAGUCCGGAGCCCCCAAAUUUUUUGAAAAGUGGGCGUGUACGUACGUAGACACCCUAAAAAGUGCAUACCGGACCCCCUUCCAAAAAAAGUUUUUUUGGAACCCUGCUUUAUUCCAUGUAGUGAGACUAGACAUAGAUCACCAGUAGUGUAGGAGUCAGGCAUCGAUUAUGAUGUUCAGUGGCCAUCGAGAAGUAUCCAGAAGCUAAAUCACACUACUAGUUUAUAUAUUAAUUUGUAAUUAGAUCCAUGUGCAAUUACCCGUUUCAUUGUACAAACUUAUAUACAUGUAUGGUGGAAUCAUUUUUUUUUAGUAGCCAUUGUUGAUACACAGAGAAACCAAUAAGUUUAGCUCCCCAAUUGGAUAAUAUUUACAUUUUUUUAAAUAUCAUAUAUAAUCCUAUUGUAAUCUACAUCAAAAUGCCAUCAUUGCCAGAUAGUAAAGUUGCAGGGUUCGAUUCAUUCAUUUACAUCUACCGUAUGUAAAAAUCGAUCGACAGGGUUCGAGGUUGAUACUGAAGUAACACAUACAUUUAGCAACAACAAAAAUUUUCAUCUUGAAUUUUGGUAGACUAAAAUUUAUUACUUUUUUCAUAGAUAUAUUUAACUCUUUAUAUGCCCCCAAAACAGUGUCCCUGUGCCACAUUGUUUAUCAUUAGAUCGAUAUACCAAAGGCUACAAGAUUAUUCAUCUGUUUCCAGUGCAAGAUUUAUGUACAGGUGUUAAAGGGUUAAAUGAUUGUAUAGCACAAAGCAAUCCUUCGGUCAAUUGGUACCCAUUUUUGUGCAAACUUGCACAUGUGUCAAAGAAGCGACAGUGCAAAUAGGUGAGAAGGCAACCAAAAAGUGUUAAUGAAGUAACCUUUUAUGGCUCAUUCGUGAAGUACAAUACCUGUCACUUAGUAUUAGGUACACCAAUGGUGAAAAGGAAAGAAGUCUCCUGUGUGUUGCAAGCAAGAGAAUACCUUUGUUGUGUUCCCAGAUAUCAUGAUGGAGAUGUAGGAAGACUAAAAAACUUAUUCCUGGCAUUUCACAUCACUAUAUGCCAUGUUUUUUAAUUACUUGAUACUAAUACAUGUACAGAGAAAGCUUUAAUUUUUGGUGUUGGGGAAAUUCACUACUUUCAAUGUUUGAAAAAUUCUGGUAAUCAUGAAUAGUAGAAAAGUGUGGUUUAACAAAGACUUGCUAAGAACUAUCAAAUAUGAACUACAUGUCAUUUUUAUUUUCAUAAUACAGUAUAUUAAUGUGUGUUUUUGUCAAUGCAAUCAAGUAUUUUGUUGCCUUCAAGUUAUGCUUCCCCAUUAUUUAUAUAUACUUGUUGAUGUAGGUUGUAAGUGUAUGUCCAAACAUUCUGUACAAAGUCUGCAGAUUUUUUAUAAUUGUAUCAACAGGUUGGUGUACAUAAAAAUGGCUGUGGCAAUAAUGGAACAACACUUUAGAAACAUUAGUAUUAAGCGAUAUAUAAAUUUUCUAUUAUUAAUUAUUAUUAACACAACUCCAAUGAAAGGAACAACAACAACAUCUCCUGUACAAAAUAUAAAAUUUAGUGGUUAUUUGUAAAGCUGUAUAAUUUCAUGCUAAGGAGUCUCAUAAUCAUGGAGUAUCAUAAUCAAAAUGCUGCAACUUUGAAGUGUUUUUGGACAAUUAUUUUAUUUUCAAUCAUGAUAAAUAGGUUUAUUUUUUUUCAACAUCAUUUGUUAAUUUCUGAGCUAUUAGCUGGUACAGUGUGAACUCGGUAUAAAAAUCUCUGAUAUAACGAGGUAUCUGUUAUAAGAAGGUGAUUUUAAUGGUCAAAUCUCUUUUAUUUUAGGUAAUUUCCACUGUAUACAUUUGUAAUUUUCAAUGUGAUAAUAUUGAUAUAAUAUAAAUUUCACAUUCGAUUCUGUGAAAGUUUAUUAAAAGACAGUCAGACUUCGAUUCAAAAAUAUGUACAUGUAUUGCAACCAUCAUUCAACCUAAGCUUUAAAUACAGAAAAUAUUAUAUUGAUGAAAUUAGGUCAAUGGAACUUUAAUUCUAGCAAAUUUCUGUUUCUUACUUUGUAUUGUCAAUUGUGUAUAUAAGAAGGAAAUAAUGUUUUUAAAAGACAUUAUCAUGUUAAAGUAAAGUAAAGAUGUUGUGUAUAUUGGCUCCAGAAUAUAUACUUCGCCGUUUUUUCUUUCUUUUCCCUUUAUAUCCUCUUCUAUGAUAAUGCAGGCACAUGUUACAAUUUUUGUAAAUAACAGAUGAAUAGAUGAAUAUUAUAUUAAAGGCAUUUCCAAAUG